AGUUUGAUGUGUUUUUUUUAACUGAAUACAACCCUUCAUUCGUAACAACAACAACUACUCAAUGAACCUAUCGUACACCGACAGUGCUUCUAAGACCAGUGAGUUUUCCCCUCCCGAGAUGUCAGCUGACUCCAUGGAGAUUGAUGACUCCCUGUACAGUCGUCAGAGGUAUGUCCUGGGGGACAGUGCUAUGCAGCAGAUGGCUCAGUCUUCUGUCUUCCUCAGUGGAAUGGGAGGACUGGGAGUGGAGAUCGCAAAGAACAUCGUGUUGGCAGGUGUGAAGGUGUUGACGCUGCAUGACACUAAGCAGUGUGAGACGUGGGACUUGGGCUCCAACUUCUUCCUCAGACAGGACGAUGUGCUGACUCAGAGGAACAGGGCUUUGGCAGUCCAUCCCAGGGUAGCGGAGUUGAACCCUUACGUCCACGUGGACACGUCCUCCUCCUCUCUCGACCUCUCCACUGACCUCCACUUCCUCAAGAGGUACCAGUGUGUGAUCCUGACUGAGGCCAGGCUGAGUCUCCAGAAGAAAAUCAAUGACUUCUGUCACUUCCAUCAGCCUCCAAUCAGGUUCAUUGCAUGCGACGCGUACGGGAUCUGUGUGAGAGUGUUCUGUGACUUCGGGGACCGGUUUGAGGUGUCGGACCCCACUGGAGAGGAAGCCAAGGAGAUGUUUAUCCAGAACAUCACACAGGGUAACCCAGGGGUGGUAACCUGCAUGGACAGCAGGACCCACGGCCUCCAGACUGGACAGUGUGUUCUCUUCAGAGAGGUCAACGGCAUGGACACACUCAACGGCACCGCGCGACAGGUCACAGUCCUCUCCCCCUACAGUUUCACCGUAGGGGACACGUCCUCUCUGCAGCCCUAUGCACACGGAGGCUUCUUCCUGCUGGUCAAAACCCCCAGAACGUACAGCUUCGAGACGAUGGAGCAGCAGCUGUCUGAGCCUCAGGUCCUGACUCCCGACUUCAGCAAACCAGAGGCCCCGCUGCAGAUCCAUGCCGCCAUGCUGGCUCUUGAUGCCUUCCAGGAGCAACACAACAGACUGCCCAAUAUUGGGUGCUGUCGGGAUGCGGAGGUUCUGGUCAAACUAACAGAGGAAGUCAACCACACCUUGACAAACGGAGCUCCAGUGAAUAGUGAGUUGGUGCGUUGUCUCUCCAGAACGGCGCAGGGUUCUCUCCCUCCAUUGGCUGCGGCGGUGGGGGGCAUUGCCAGUCAGGAGGUCCUCAAGGCCCUCACGGGGAAGUUUGCCCCACUACAGCAAUGGUUCUAUCUAGAUGCCAUAGAGGUAGUGAAACCACUACUGUCUCUAUCAGCAGAGGAGUUUAGCCCCAGGGGUGAUCGGUACGACGGGCUGAGGGCCUGCAUCGGGGAGACCAUGUGUCUGGAACUCCACAAGCUGAGAGUCUUUAUGGUGGGCUGUGGAGCCAUUGGCUGUGAGAUGCUCAAGAACUUUGCCCUGCUGGGAGUGGGAUUGGCCAAGAGCUCAGGAGAGGUGUGUGUGACGGACCCAGACCUGAUAGAGAAGUCCAACCUCAACAGACAGUUCCUCUUCAGAUCUCAGCACAUACAG